AGUGUGUGCGCUGGCCGGGCUAGGGGGAGGAGGGGAAUCUCCCGCCAUUUUUCAAUAAUUUCCUCCGGUGCUGCUGAGGAGGAGUCGUGACUGCUGCCCGCUGGGACCCGUAAUCGGAGGUUGGCCCGAGGCUGCUGGGACGCGCUUUGGUGUGCGUAGGAGCUCCGCGCCCUUGCGUUCCGCUCCAUGGCUCUCGCGCGGCCGCGCCAGCAGUGAGGGAGCCGGAGUUCGCGCCGCCCUCUCACCCCUCCCCUCCCCCAUCCCACCCCCGGGAGCCGGGCGCUCGCUCCGGGCCCCGGGGCCUAGUGCUGCGCCGCGGGCCGUCGGAGCAGCCGCGCGUCCCUCACCGCCGCGUUCCCGGCCGCCGCGAUGGCGCCGCUCCUGGGCCGCAAGCCCUUCCCGCUCGUGAAGCCGCUUCCCGGAGAGGAGCCGCUCUUCACCAUCCCACACACUCAGGAGGCCUUCCGCACCCGGGAAGAGUAUGAAGCCCGCUUGGAAAGGUACAGUGAGCGCAUUUGGACGUGCAAGAGUACUGGAAGCAGUCAGCUAACCCACAAGGAGGCCUGGGAAGAAGAACAGGAAGUUGCUGAACUUUUGAAGGAGGAGUUCCCUGCCUGGUAUGAGAAACUGGUUUUGGAAAUGGUUCACCAUAACACAGCCUCCUUAGAGAAGUUAGUAGAUACUGCUUGGUUGGAGAUCAUGACCAAAUAUGCUGUGGGAGAAGAGUGUGACUUUGAGGUUGGGAAGGAGAAAAUGCUCAAGGUGAAGAUUGUGAAGAUUCAUGCUUUGGAGAAAGUGGAUGAAGAGGCCACUGAGAAAAAAUCUGAUGGUGCCUGUGAUUCUCCAUCAAGUGACAAAGAGAAUUCCAGUCAAAUUGCUCAGGACCAUCAGAAGAAGGAGGCAGUCGUAAAAGAGGAUGAAGGAAGGAGAGAGAGUAUUAAUGACAGAGCACGUAGAUCUCCACGAAAACUUCCUACUUCAUUGAAAAAAGGAGAAAGGAAAUGGGCUCCUCCAAAAUUUCUGCCUCACAAAUAUGAUGUGAAACUACAAAAUGAAGAUAAGAUCAUCAGCAAUGUGCCAGCAGACAGCUUGAUUCGUACAGAGCGCCCACCAAAUAAGGAGAUACUUCGAUACUUUAUACGGCAUAAUGCAUUACGGGCUGGUACUGGUGAAAAUGCACCUUGGGUGGUAGAAGAUGAAUUGGUGAAGAAAUAUUCCCUGCCCAGCAAGUUCAGUGACUUUUUACUUGAUCCAUAUAAGUAUAUGACUCUGAACCCUUCUACUAAGAGGAAGAAUACCGGAUCCCCAGACAGGAAACCCUCAAAGAAAUCUAAAACAGACACCUCUUCUCUGAGUUCACCACUAAAUCCUAAGUUAUGGUGUCAUGUACAUCUGAAGAAAUCGUUGAAUGGGUCGCCACUCAAAGUAAAGAACUCGAAGAAUUCCAAAUCUCCAGAAGAACAUCUGGAAGAAGUAAUGAAGAUGAUGUCACCCAACAAGCUACACACUAACUUUCACAUUCCCAAGAAAGGCCCACCUGCCAAGAAACCAGGGAAACACAGUGACAAACCUUUGAAGGCAAAGGGCAGAAGCAAAGGCAUCCUGAAUGGACAGAAAUCCACAGGGAAUUCCAAAUCCCCCAAAAAGGGAUUGAAGACUCCUAAAACCAAAAUGAAGCAGAUGACUUUGUUGGAUAUGGCCAAAGGCACGCAGAAGAUGACACGAGCCCCACGGAAUUCCGGGGGUACGCCUAGGUCCUCUAGUAAACCUCAUAAACAUCUGCCUCCUGCUGCACUACACCUGAUUGCCUACUACAAAGAAAACAAAGAUAGGGAGGACAAGAAGAGUGCCCUGUCUUGUGUUAUCUCCAAAACAGCUCGUCUUCUCUCUAGUGAAGAUAGAGCUCGUCUUCCAGAAGAAUUGCGAAGUAUUGUUCAAAAACGCUAUGAGCUUCUAGAGCACAAAAAGAGGUGGGCCUCUAUGUCUGAAGAGCAACGGAAAGAAUAUUUGAAAAAGAAACGAGAGGAGCUGAAAGAAAAGUUGAAGGAAAAAGCCAAAGAACGGAGAGAGAAAGAACUGCUUGAGAAAUUAGAAAAACAAAAGCGGUAUGAGGACCAAGAGUUAACUGGCAAAAACCUUCCAACAUUUAGAUUGGUGGAUACUCCUGAAGGGCUGCCCAACACACUCUUUGGGGAUGUGGCCAUGGUGGUGGAAUUCUUGAGCUGUUAUUCUGGGCUACUCUUACCAGAUGCUCAGUAUCCUAUUACUGCCGUGUCCCUUAUGGAAGCCUUGAGUGCAGAUAAAGGUGGCUUUUUAUACCUGAAUAGAGUGUUGGUUAUCCUUUUACAGACCUUACUACAAGACGAAAUAGCAGAAGACUAUGGUGAAUUGGGAAUGAAGCUGUCAGAAAUCCCCCUGACUCUGCAUUCUGUUUCAGAGCUGGUACGCCUCUGCUUGCGCAGAUCUGAUGUUCAGGAGGAAAGCGAGGGCUCAGACACAGAUGACAAUAAAGAUUCAGCACCAUUUGAGGACAAUGAGGUACAAGAUGAGUUCCUAGAGAAGCUGGAGACCUCUGAAUUUUUUGAGUUAACAUCAGAAGAGAAACUACAAAUCUUGACAGCACUGUGCCACCGGAUCCUCAUGACAUACUCAGUACAAGACCACAUGGAGACCAGACAGCAGAUGUCUGCAGAGUUGUGGAAGGAGCGGCUUGCUGUGUUGAAGGAAGAAAAUGAUAAGAAGAGAGCAGAGAAACAGAAACGAAAAGAAAUGGAAGCCAGAAAUAAAGAAAAUGGAAAAGAGGAGAAUGGGUUAGGCAAAACUGAUAGGAAAAAAGAAAUUGUGAAGUUUGAGCCCCAAGUAGAUACAGAAGCUGAAGACAUGAUUAGUGCUGUGAAGAGCAGAAGGCUUCUCGCCAUUCAAGCCAAGAAGGAACGGGAAAUCCAGGAAAGAGAAAUGAAAGUGAAAUUAGAACGUGAAGCUGAAGAAGAACGAAUACGAAAGCACAAAGCAGCUGCUGAGAAAGCUUUCCAGGAGGGAAUUGCCAGGGCAAAACUAGUCAUGCGUAGGACGCCUAUUGGUACAGAUCGAAACCAUAAUAGAUACUGGCUCUUCUCAGAUGAAGUUCCAGGAUUAUUCAUUGAAAAAGGCUGGGUACAUGACAGCAUUGACUACCGAUUCAACCAUCACCGCAAAGACCACGCAGACUCCCCUGAUGAGGAUUACUGUCCUCGCAGUAAGAAAGCAUACUUGGGCAAAAAUGCAAGCAUGAACACACAACAUGGACCAGCAACAGAAAUUGCUGUAGAGACUACCAUACCUAAACAAGGACAGAACCUAUGGUUUUUAUGUGAUAGUCAAAAGGAACUGGAUGAGUUGCUAAACUGUCUUCACCCUCAGGGAAUAAGGGAAAGUCAGCUUAAAGACAGACUAGAAAAGAGGUACCAGGACAUUAUUCACUCUAUUCAUCUGGCCCGGAAGCCAAAUUUGGGUCUAAAGUCCUGUGAUGGCAACCAAGAGCUCUUAAACUUUCUUCGUAGUGAUCUCAUUGAAGUUGCAACGAGGUUACAAAAAGGAGGGCUUGGAUAUGUAGAAGAAACAUCAGAAUUUGAAGCCCGGGUCAUUUCAUUGGAGAAACUGAAGGAUUUUGGUGAGUGUGUGAUUGCCCUUCAGGCUAGUGUCAUAAAGAAAUUUCUCCAAGGCUUCAUGGCUCCGAAGCAAAAGAGAAGAAAACUGCAGAGUGAAGAUUCGGCAAAAACUGAGGAAGUGGAUGAAGAGAAAAAAAUGGCAGAGGAAGCAAAGGUUGCAUCUGCACUGGAAAAAUGGAAGACAGCAAUCCGUGAAGCUCAGACUUUUUCCAGGAUGCAUGUUCUCCUUGGGAUGCUUGAUGCUUGUAUCAAGUGGGAUAUGUCAGCAGAAAAUGCUAGAUGCAAAGUGUGUCGAAAGAAAGGUGAGGAUGACAAAUUGAUCUUGUGUGACGAGUGUAAUAAAGCCUUCCACCUGUUUUGUCUGAGGCCGGCCCUCUAUGAAGUACCAGAUGGUGAGUGGCAGUGCCCAGCUUGCCAGCCUGCUACUGCCAGGCGUAACUCUCGUGGCAGGAAUUAUACUGAAGAGUCUGCUUCUGAGGACACUGAAGAUGAUGAGAGUGAUUCAGAGGAAGAAGAGGAAGAAGAGGAGGAGGAGGAAGAUUAUGAGGUGGCUGGUUUACGAUUGAGACCUCGAAAGACCCUCCGGGGCAAGCAGAGUGUCAUUCUCCCUGCAGCAAGGCCAGGCCGACGACCUGGCAAGAAGCCGCAUCCUACCAGGAGGUCCCGGCCAAAGGUACCACCUGUGGAUGACACUGAGGUUGAUGAGCUGGUGCUUCAGACAAAGCGGAGCUCCCGGAGGCAAAGCCUGGAGCUGCAGAAGUGUGAAGAGAUUCUGCACAGGCUCGUGAAGUACCGCUUCAGCUGGCCCUUCAGGGAGCCUGUGACCAGGGAUGAGGCCGAGGACUACUAUGAUGUGAUCACCCACCCCAUGGACUUUCAGACAAUGCAGAACAAAUGUUCCUGUGGGAGCUACCGCUCUGUGCAGGAGUUUCUUACCGACGUGAAGCAAGUGUUUACCAAUGCUGAGCUUUACAACUGCCGCGGCAGCCAUGUGCUGAACUGCAUGGUGAAGACAGAACAGUGUCUGGUGGCUCUGUUGCAUAAACACCUUCCUGGCCACCUAUAUGUCCGUAGGAAACGCAAGAAGUUUCCCGAUCGACUUGCUGAAGAUGAAGGGGACAGUGAGCCAGAGCCCAUUGGACAGUCCAGGGGACGAAGACAGAAGAAGUAGAGAGGCAGGGCCCUGGUGACGUAUGAGUGAGUGCCAUGCAGGAUUCUGUAUUCACCAGCAUCAUGAAACAGUUGUGGUCUUUUGAGUUGAUCUUGGCAGAGUAAAGGGACAUUUCCUGGAGCCAUUCCUGAACAUCCCUCCCCUUCUUUGUGGCAGCCCUUUCCUUACUCCCACUUUACCUCACCCCCUCAAAAAAACAAAAAACUUAAGGCACUUCACUUAGAGACUGGAGUCCUGCUUAUAAUCAUGCAUAUAACCUUGACUUUGGGUCUGGCCAGAGGGGUGUUGGAGCCCAGCCCACCCACAUACCAGACAAGCUCUUAGGGGAACAGAAGAAAAGCAGGAAGAAUUUAAAUGUUUAAUUUUUUUUAAAUUGACUUUUCUAGUUAUUGAAAGUUGCUUGUUUCAGCAGUGAUAUUGUAUAAAGAACAUCUUGUAAGAUAUUCCUGUCAUCUUGCUUUGGCACAUGUACAGUACAGUUUAUAUGAUAAUGUGUUGCUUUACUUUCCCCAUCCUCUCCCCCAGCCCAUCCGCUCUCGCGCAGAGAAGCUGGGUGGAGGCUCAGCACGGCAAGCAGUGGCAUCUCUAGGGGGGUGUUCCCUCGUCCUGCCAAGGUGGCUGUUUCUGCCUCCUCCCGUGCCCAUUCUGGCCUCAGACGUGGAACUCCGUGAGAACCUGGGUGUUUCAGUGGACAGUGUCGGUAGGGGUGGGAGGAGGGAGCAGGAGAGAAGCUCAGAGCGCCCCUUCCCACGAGUCUAGCGCUAGUUGUUAUAUUUAGGCAGAACUUUGUAGUCUUUCCCUUUUAUGACAGAUUUUGAUAAAAGUACAAAACAGGGUUUAAUUUUCUUUUCUAUCAACUUUGAAUUUGGAAAAUGUGAGCACCAAAGCUCUUCUGUACCUGUUUAAAUUAAAGGAAAAGAAGUCCACCAAGGGGAUUGGAACUCCUAGAACUGGAGAAUAAAGCCUCUUAAUAUUAAGCUGCAAGGCGUGGUCCCUGUCUCUCCUCUUCCUCAUCCAAGGACUUUGGGAAUUUGCUCCAGUGGCUGGUGGCUAGGUUUGCCAUCCCUUCUACAGGCAUGGAGUUAGCACUGAUGUUACAAUUUCAUGAUUCCAACCACCAUCCUCCCCUGCCUCUUCUCCUAGAUCCAGUCUGCUCUUGUUAAUAGUGAGCUUCCUGUGUUCCCACUUCAGUGACACCUGAAUUGUUUGUUGUUUUUAAAAUUGUCUUUAAGGAGGAAGGACCCCAAGAAAGGGUGAACUUGUGAUAAAUUGGAAUUUCAAAUAAACAUUAUGUACUUGUGUUUAUAAAGAA